CUGGCUUUUUAGACAUGGCACUAGUGUUUUGCUGAUGUAGCGUGUAAGCCAUUUCAACAAAACUAAACAUCAACAAAACUAAAUAUCAAGUAAAAAAAUCACUGUAUCUUCAGAUGUGUGAAGUUUUUACUUUUCUGAUUACGAUUUAACUUUAUAAACUGUCCACAGUAGACUAGACAUCUGUCACAAAUCUCUAGUCAUCUGUCUUAUGUACAUAUUGGAUUUCAGCUUUCUUUGGAAGAAAUCAAAGUACUCCUCUUUUGUAGCACUAGGUUCGAUGACUGAUAAUUCAAACAAAUCCAAAACAAAGGCGCUUCCUCUCAACUUUCAAUAUAGAUUGGCUCGUGGCUACUCCAGACCUCCUGAAUAAAUGAGAUCACGGUGACACACAGCACCCAGAUUUAAAGGCCAGGUCAAUAGUAAUCAGUUUAACCAGGCUCGAGUAGGGAAGUGUAUCUUUAGGGGCCACUUGGCUGUAGUGCAUUUUAAUCACAGCAGCCAGAGGAGGAACAGGAUGUUUUAAAAGGAUUGUUCUACCAUCAUGUGACAGAGCUUAGCCACAGAGCUGCACUGAUCUGAGAUCAGGUUUGGCUCGAGAUUGGGAUGUGGAUGAGGAAAUCUCAUCAUAGAUCAGAAGCAGGGUUCGGUCUAGGAUUCCUUUCCUUUUUGUUUGAGUUACCGUUUGGCAACGCUGUCCCUCCGCGAGGUGAACUUCUGGUUUAGCUCAGUUAGCCCACUCAACCAGAAAUCCAGCUCGUGUACAUGGAUCGUGUCUGCUUGAGUUAUGUCCGACACUAUGUUUGGUAGCGGGAACCACCAGUGGGUUUGCCCCAAUGACCGACAACUUGCUCUGAGAGCCAAACUACACACAGGCUGGUCGGUGCACACGUUCCAGACAGAAAAGCAGAGAAAAACCCAGGUGCUGAACAAGAGGGAGCUGGACAUCAUCCUGAGCGUCAUCCACAGAGCCGAACAACUCGACCUGAUCGAGCAGCACAGAAUCGGGCGUCUGAUGGAGCGUUUGGAGAACAUGAGAAGGUCAGCAGUGGGGAACGGCCUGUCUCAGUGCCUGCUGUGUGGAGAGGCUCUGGGGCUGCUGGGAACUCCUUCAGUCCUCUGCUUUGAUUGCUGCAAGAAAGUGUGCACCAAGUGUGGGAUUGAGACAGCAUGCAGUCAGAAGAGAGCUCAGUGGCUCUGCAAGAUCUGUAGCGAACAGAGAGAGGUGUGGAAGCGUUCUGGUGCGUGGUUCUACAAGGCCUUGCCCAAGUACAUUCACCCAGAGAAAGACUCGUUCAUGGACAGGAGGCCUGUGAUAGAGAGAGAGGAGCAGCCAGUGGCCAGGAGUGUGCCGAUCACCUACACAUGGGCCCACAGGAAAGUCGACUCGAGUGAGAGUGAUGGAAGUGACUCCGAGCUCAGUGAUGCCAGUAGUGACAGGAAGACCUUUGUCUCUGCGAGCAUCAAAAGACGAAACUCGGCUCUGUCCGAGUCGAGUGGGAGCGUGGCUCUCACGCCCCUGCAGUCCAUCCUGAGCAGCCCAUCCCGAGCCAGCUUCCUGUCAGAGAGCCAUUCCAGUCUAGGCAGCGAGCGCAGCAGCCUGGCCCCCGCCCCGGAGGAUGAAGACACAGACCAGGGCCGCACAUCAUUGUCAGCCCCGGUCCUGAGGCGCGCCGGCUCGCAGCGCUCUUCCUCCUCAUCCUCGUCCUCCGCCCCGGCCACCGCCUCCUCAGCCACCGAAACGGGCCGAGAAAAGAACGACAACGAUGACGACCUGGACCGGGCCUUCAGCGCCGCCUCCGCCUCUGCCUCCGCCUCCGCCCUGCCUCCACCCAGCAGGAAGGAGGAAGAGCCCGACAUGGAGGGCUACGACUCGGACGACUCCACCACUCUUGGCACUCUGGACUUCAGCCUGUUGUAUGAUCAAGAGAACAAUGCCCUGCACUGCACCAUCAAUAAAGCGAAGGGACUCAAACCCAUGGAUCACAACGGGCUGUCAGAUCCCUAUGUUAAACUGCACCUGCUACCUGGCGCCAGCAAAGCCAAUAAGCUCCGGACCAAGACUCUGCGUAACACCCUCAACCCCGUAUGGAGCGAGACGCUGACCUACUACGGCAUCACCGAUGAGGAUAUGGUCCGCAAAACACUCAGGAUUUCCGUGUGUGACGAGGACAAAUUCCGGCACAAUGAAUUCAUCGGCGAGACUCGAAUCCCCCUGAAAAAGCUCAAGCCCAACCAGACCAAGAACUUCUACAACUGCCUGGAGAAACAGCUGCCUAUCGAUAAGACGGACGAUAAGUCUCUGGAGGAGCGCGGGCGCAUCAUGAUCUCGCUGAAGUACAGCUCGCAGAAGUGUGGCCUGGUGGUGGGCAUCAUCCGCUGCGCUCACCUCGCUGCCAUGGACGCAAACGGCUUCUCCGACCCUUACGUUAAGACAUACCUGAAGCCGGAUGAGAACAAAAAGUCAAAGCACAAGACUGCUGUCAAGAAGAAGACCCUUAAUCCAGAGUUUAAUGAGGAGUUCUUCUAUGAGAUUAAGUAUACAGAACUGAGCAAGAAAACCCUUGAGGUGACAGUGUGGGACUACGAUAUUGGCAAAUCCAAUGAUUUUAUAGGUGGAGUGUCUCUAGGCAUCAAUGCCAACGGCGAGCGUCUGAAACACUGGUUCGACUGUCUCAAAAACAAGGACAAGAAAAUCGAGCGUUGGCACACACUCACUAACGAACUCCCUGGGUCAGGCUUCAAUGACUGAUGACUGACACGCCAGCACGUGUUCCCCUUCCUGCGAGAACGUAACGCUUGGCCUUUAAUCGUCACCUCCAACACUACAGUCCAGAGAUGGGUACCAAAGUGACCUCUUUUCCCGUAAUCCCCAAAUCUGUCCCUGUAUGUACUUCCCCUGGUGUUGACCUUACUGUUCGAUGUGGCUUUUGAGCUUCUUGGGCCAGCUUGUGUUGCUCUGAAGAGGUGUUUUCCCUCACAAAUAGCAGGGGAUCGUGUACAAACGUAUAAAUACUGUUCAACUUGCUGUUCUCUCUGCUCUUUCGAUUCAUUCUGAUGUUUAGUAUGUGUUCAAGAAUGUUGUUUACACGAGCUGUCGGUGGAUGUUCAAGAUCACUUCAGUUAGACCUUGAAAGAUUUUGGACAGAGUUGAUCAAGAAACUGUCGAUUGUUUACAUCUAGAAUCCAGUUCAUUUAAAAAAAAAAAAAAAAAAAAAAAAGAUGCUACAUAUGCUACAAUAUGAUAGUGAAAAAAAGACAGUUUGAUGGAUUUUGGAUGUUCUAUUUUUAUUUCAUUUUAUCCUAGCAAAGUCUUGGUGUUUUUUUUUUUUUUAAAUUCACGUAAGAACCCAGUGUCAGUGCGGAUUGAUGAAUGUGUUUUAUUUAGCCACACCAUUGAGAAUGUGAUGCUGAAAAAGCGAUGGACCAACGUCUACCCUGUUUACAUAUACAAACAUUUGAAAUGCCUCCAAGCAGAAAUUCUACUCCAGGUAAGCGAUUGUAGUUUUUGGACCAUCCUCGAAUCAUUCUGGUAAUGUACAGUAACGUAGGUGUAGAUGUUAUCGAGCCCUGUCCGCAUUCGUAUGGUGCUACGAAUCAUUUCUUUAGACUGUUAGUUCAGAUAGUAAAUGAUUCCUAGAACCACGCUGAAUGUGAGGGUUUAAAAAAAAAUGUAUGAUUAUGUAUGUAUAUUUUUUUAAAAUAUCAUUUCUUCAUCCACUAAAGAGAUCUUCUGGCACAAUAUAAAAACAUAUUUAGCAUGCAUUCAGUGGUUUUCUUAGUUGUUAUUACUGGACUUUUAAUACCUAUUUAUUUUCCAGCUAGUAUUUAUAUAUUUUUUUGUGUAGUACACUUUAAAUUGAUGUGAACGUCCACUUUCGAGUAGUUUUAGAGCUCUAGGAAUGUCGAUAUCUUCAUAUGCCCAGGCAUGUGUAUCUGAGGUCUUAGUACGUCGACCUUGCUCAGUAAGCACUCGGUGCAACAGCCAGACUUGUGACAUCUUUUGUAAUCUGUUGCCUUUGUACUCAAAGCUCUAUGGCGUAAAAAAAAAAAAAUAAAAAAUGCAUGCAAUGUUCUUAAACGGUCAUUAAAACUGACUUUGCUUAACGCCCUUUGAUGGACUUUGCUUAAUGUUUGAUACUCUUCUCCUGUAAAAGAGAAACCGUCGACGCUAAAAGAUCAUGGAAUGUCCGUCUUUUCUUCUUGGACGUUUUUUGUACCCUUGAACGCUGUCUCAUUGCCUGUCCGGCUGCUCUAUCUUCCGGAAAAACAUGAUCGCAUGUAACAGGAAAAAAAAAAAUCUUGUCUUGUUCUGUUUCCUUGUUCUUUUUUUUUUUUCCAAUCUCAGGCGAUUGUUUGCAUUUCUAGUGGUUCUCUGAUGAAAUUUCUAUGUUCCUACUCCUCUUUCACCAUCACCUCUUGCACCGAAUGGCAGAAUUAUCGUGCCUUUUCUUUUCUAACAGUGUAGUUUUUCUUUUUGCACCGCUCACUUUACAAGGAUUCCUAGACGGAUAUUAGCUUUUAAUAUGGAAACUAUAUGAUAACAUCUGGCAUAUUUCUAUUCCUGUCCGUGUCAGAAUAUUGUAUCAGUGGGAAUAUUAUCACUCAAUGAGACGUGUGUGUGUGUGUGUCCUUACACUGUGUGUGGCUGGGGUGCUGGGUUCAAGUGGAAGACGUUUAAAGUGUGAAACUACACAUUCUGGUUUCUACUUUUUUUUUUUCUUUUUUUUUUAAAUAACGCCGCAAAUUAAACUAAAGAUAAACUAGAGUUAGUACUAUUUAUAGAAAUAGUAACCACACAACAUAUCAUAAACUCCAACACUUCCUAGUCUUCUUAAUAAAUGACACACAAAUUAAUUAUUUAAUAAAACAUCUGAUAUCAUUUUUAACACUUUAACUAUUACACGCUUUACUUAAGUUAGAAUUUGAAUCUACACUUAAAAAUCCAAUUAAAAAAUAAAACACCAGAAACCAGAAUGUGUCAUUUCCUUUAUGUCUGUUUAAAAAAAAAAAAAUGUUCAAGUAUUAUACCUUGCGUGUUUUUUACUCUGGCGAAGGAUGUGCUAUUUAUAUAUGUUCUGAUUUGGAAAACCAUGUCUAAUAAAGUAGAGAACCAACCUAUAA